GCUGAAAUCUCUGGUGCACUUGCACUAUGUCAUAUAGUGUAUUUCUCAAAGUCACUCAUUAAUGCAACAGACUUUAGUGGUAAAGGAAGGGAUGUCAAAGAACGUGGCUUAUCCAUCUAA